GACGAAGCACAGGCUACAUUCUUGAUAAAUCUGUUCUUGGAAUCGCCUUCGAGCGAGAAUGACGCGAUGUGAGGGAAACAUGGAGAACAUCGGCACACAAUGGGCGGCAGGUGAUUUUUUUUUCGCAAAAUACCUGCAAAAACUCAUCGCACAUGGAUGGCAAAAACGACGGCUCGUCCGAGUCAUGAUUUAAAGGCACGUCAUGGCGACGCGCCAUCGCUCGCAGCGAUCGCCCCUUCCCGUUUUUUCGGUAUAUUUUUAGCAAUAUCACAUAUAAAUACUCCAUCGUAGAGAUACGUUAUUUUAAUGUAACACCGAUGAUCAUCGAUUGCAACGAAAAUGAACAAAGGCUGCUGGAAGUUCGACGAGGAGGAUAAGGCCUUGUACAUAGAUCUGGAGGAGGAGGACACAGAUGAAGACAGGAUUUAUAGCUCCUGGGAUCAGACUCCUGAUAUACUCUUGGAGGAGAUAUUUUCAUACCUGACAAUCCGUGAGCGUUACUAUGCAUCCUUGGUAUGCCGUUCGUGGUAUCGUGCCUUCAAGCUGCAGAAUGUAUGGCGUACGUUCACUCUGGAGGACACCACACUCACCAGGGGCAAGUUCAACUACUACAGUGGCUGGCAGUAUGUCCUAGAUCACAUGAGAACGUCCACUUGCCUGAACAAGGUCGGCAGGAAUUUUCGUUCACUCAUAUUCGAGCCCAUGCUGAAUUUCUACAAUCUCUACGAGUUCAUGAACAUGAUAUCGUGGUAUGCCGAGAACCAGGGCUCGGACAAUACCUCCGUGGCUGGUGUGGGUACUUAUAUAAGGAGGCUUAAGUUCACCUUUCCCUGUAACAUGGCAAAUAGGGAUGAUCCUGAUCGAAUUAGGCUCUUUGGCACAGGCGGCAAGCUGCUCGAAGCGCUGAAGAGGCUCAUGAGAAACUUGCAGAAUCUCAGGUGUUUAGAACUGAUUGAUCUGAUGCUCGACAGCAAAGAAGCCUUGCACCUGAUGGACGACAUUUGCACCAAUUGCACUCAGACCUUGUCCAAGUUGGUGCUGAUAAACACCACGCGUUACAACUGCCCGUUGCUGCAUGUGGGAGUAUUUAUAAACUUAAACGUCUUGGUCGUGAGUCCGCAAAAUCUGCAUGAGGAUAUAAUAGAGCUGAUAGGCUACACGAAAUUGCAACACUUACAUAUUUUGCAGAAUCGAUACAGUCCGAAGGACACAACCAUAAGAUUGCCAAAGAGAUCUUCAUGGAUAAAGAUGAGGGCACAUAAUCCUCAACUGAAGGUACACUUCGAAGUAGAGAAUCACAAGGCCACGGAUAUUCUUUUGCCCAUUGACCUGCUAGAACAUAGCGCCAUACCCUGUCAUAGUAUAAUUCUGGAUACUCCAAAUACGCAGAUCUCGCCGUCCACGAUACUUACCCACGGAGCGUUCUUCGACUCAACGAUACGAGUGUACGCUUUCAAAGGGAUAACCAGGUAUUACAUGGACAGGAGCUUCGCGACGAGAUUGGACGAGGCGCUGGUGCAAUUCUGCAAAAUGUGCCCGCAACUGCAUACACUGAUGAUCCACGACAAGAUAUCGACAGCCACGAUUCUGGAAAUCGUGUCCACCGCGAAACGCUUGCGCUGUUUGUAUGUGCGGCGAAACGUGGUGCUGAAAAGAUGCGACAAAAAUUGGUCGAGGAUUCUCGACUGGUCGCUCGAGCAUCACGAAUGGAUUAAGGUAAAUAGUCGUAGUUACGAGAGCACAGAAAGGGAGGUAUCAAAGAUACUGCGUUAUCGAUGGCAUAUGCUAUCCGAAAAAGAGUUUAAAGAGCAAACGGUCAAUAUGCAUGUGUAGUUGCAUCGCGAGACGCUCACUUCUCUGUGUAGAGCAUGGAGGAAGAGAGAACUUUAGCCGCGUUAAAAAUAAAAAAAAAAGGCAAUUCUUUUUAUACUAAUGCGUCUCCUGCAAGAAAUAAGGCUGUAGAUCGUUGCCCACCACGACUGAAUGCUUAUAUAUAGUGUUAAUGUUUAAUUUUAUUUUUACGAUACGCUUUAUAUAUAUCUAUAAAUUGUUAUUGUAAAGAUUGUUAUACCGCGGAUACAUCACGAAAAGAGACAGGAAAUAUGUGUAUUUAUUUGAGACGUUACCUCUGCUAUACGAUGUCGCAAUGUUUCACGAUGGAAAUGACUGUGAUCGAUAUAUUUAACGGCGCAUAUAACAUACGCGUUGGACUGUUCUACGGAUAAGUUUGUUGGAACAAUAAGCGUAACAGCCAAUAAACCAGGUAAACAGAAUCACUGCACGCUCACGUUCUAUCUAUGUUCUUGUUUAUUUGAACGUAUGUCACUAUAACUUACGUUUAAUUAUGUACAACGCUAGUAAAUAUCUUGAACACCUUAAUUACAUAUAUAGUUAAUUACAACAUAGUUACUGUUAAUAUGCAAAAUAAUUGCCGACCAAUGGUGUAUCCUUUCCGUGUUAUAUUACUUCCAAACAAAACAACAAUUUCAUCAAUAGCUGUUAAAAUAUCAUACAAUCAAUUUGAUUAUCAAAAUCAACAGAUACAACACGUAUCUAAGAGAUAACAGUGAGAUAAUCAAAAGUAACAAUAAAACAUGUCACAUCGUUUGAUAUUAGAGUUCAAUAAAACGCUCCAUAAAAUCCAAGUAAUUUAACUAUGACGAACGUGUGUGAUCGGUGUUAUCAGCAUUAUGUCAUAUGUACAUGUACUUAACUCUUGGCACAUAUAUACAUAAAUAUAUCGAAUAUGCAUGCAUAUAUAUGCAUAUAUGUGCUGGAUUUUAUUUAAUAUUA